AUGUCUGACAUCGAGCAACAAGAUUCUUCAGUUCUUGGAAAGCGCGUACGCAAUGGUGCGGACGGUCAGCAGGAGCAUGAUACCAUGGGGCCUCCGCCAGUACCAGCGGACUCCAAUGACACACAGGACGAUGACAGCGACGAGGAUAUGGGGCCGAUGCCCAUGCCGGACAGUGGUGCUGCAAACGGUGGGGUGAAAAAGAAACGAAAAGUACUCCCUCAUGAGCGAUUGUUCCUCGACCAUCUUCCCAGCGCCGACCGCUAUUACAAGAGUUUCAUGCACCGCGACGUGAUCAAUUAUUGUGUUUCCACAAAAACUGAAUUCAUCAUCACGACAUCCGUGGACGGACAUCUGAAGCUAUGGAAGAAGCAAGACACCGGCAUCGAGUUCGUCAAGCACUACAGGGCGCACCUCUUACCCAUAACGGGCAUCUCAGCAAGCGCGGAUGGGCAACUCUUGGCCAGCAUCUCAGAAGACGGGAGUGCGAAAGUGUUCGAUGUGGUGAACUUUGAUAUGAUCAAUAUGAUAAAGCUGGGUUUCACUCCUCGCGCGUGCUGCUGGGUACAUAGAAGAGGACAAGCUCAGGGUUUACUUGCUGUCUCUGAAGAUAACUCAGGGACUAUUCGCUUGUACGAUGCGCGUGGAGACGGUACAGUACUAGAGACAAUCACGCGGCUGCAUCGCUUCCCAGUCCAUCUCAUGACAUUCAGUGACAGAUACGAUUGUGUAAUAUCUGCAGAUGAGGGUGGAUUUGUUGAAUAUUGGCAGCCUUCGGAUCCCUUUGAGCUGCCCAAAAAUGCUUCUGGCAUGUGGUCAUUCAAGACCCAAACUGACUUAUACGAGUUCAAAAAGUCGAAAUCUGUUCCGACAUGUAUUACGCUCUCGCCGGAUUCUUCUUCAUUUGCCACAUUUUCUCUUCCCGACCGCCAAAUUCGAGUUUUCUCCUUCCUCACAGGUAAAAUGACGCGCAAAUACGAUGAGUCGCUAGCAGCCAUUCAGGAGAUGCAGCAGGCUGGGACUGCGGUGUACAAAGUAGAAGAUAUGGAGUUUGGACGACGACUCGCGGCGGAGAAGGAGCUCGAGCUACCCGGCCCAGACGGUAAGAUUCCAGGACAUUGGAUCAAUGCUGUAUGGGACGAGAGCGGAGCCUUUUUACUUUACCCUACGUUAUUGGGUAUCAAAGUGGUCAACACUGUAACAAAUCGCGUUGCCCGACUUUUAGGUAAGGAUGAGACAGUGCGAUGGAUGAACUUGAGCUUGUAUCAGGGUGCUCCUGCGAAGAAAGGAUUCACGACUGUCGCUAUGGCAGCUUCUGCCAAUCCAAUCCUUGCGGAUAAAGCUGCUCGCGAUCCCACUCUUUUUUGUACGGGCUAUAAGCGUCAGCGGUUCUACAUGUUUACACGCGGCGAACCAGAGGACAACAAAUCUGGCGAUCGUGAUAUCUUCAACGAGCGUCCCACUCGCGAAGUUCAAACCAUCGCUGCCGCUGCCGCAUCUUCCAGAGCGCUUGCUUCUCCACUUGCAACAUCUGCCACCAUCCACACGACUGAAGGAGACAUCCACAUGCGCUUGUUCCCUGCACAAGCACCAAAAGCCGUGGAAAAUUUCAUUGGACACGCGAAGAGUGGCUACUUUGAAGGCGUAAUUUUCCAUCGUGUCAUUCCCAAGUUUAUGAUUCAAACUGGCGAUCCGCUGGGCGAUGGAACGGGUGGAACGAGUAUCUGGGGAAAGGAAUUUGAAGACGAGUUCUCAGAUGAUCUGAAGCACGACCGGCCGUACACCGUGAGCAUGGCGAAUGCUGGUCCCAACACAAACGGCUCUCAAUUCUUCAUCACGACUACGGCGACGCCUUGGCUCGACAAUAAACACACGAUCUUCGGACGUGUGAUGUCGGGGUUGGAGACGGUGCAUAUCAUUGAGAAUGCGAAGGCGAACAAGACAGACAAACCAUUUGAGGACAUUAAGAUUAUUAACGUCGUUAUUGAGUAG